AUGGAAAAUUCAAAUCAGCCUAUUACUGGUGUUGGGAUUCGCCGCGAACCAUCUAUAGAUCCAGUCAGAGCUCAAGGAAUCCUAACAUCGGUUAGCAAAAAAGAGAAGCAUGCAGCGCGUAUAUGGCAACAACGAUGGGGAUUCCUCAGAAAAGUACGAGAAGUACAAGAAGAAGAGGGCCAAAGAUUAGGUAUUAUUGGACGCCGUGCUCUGUGUACACUGGAAAGAUUUGGGCCUUCAGUGAAGACUCCUCGCGACUACCCGAUUAGGCCACCACUACCGCCUGGACAGGUUUAUAAUCCAUAUAAACAGACUAUUUUGUUUUUGGGGAGUGUAGAAGGAGAUCCCAUAUCAUACAAAUUGGCGCCGGCGCGUUCCGAUGUAACAGACGAGAUGUGGGCGCGGCCUCAACAGCUCGACGUGACGCCAUUUGAGCUUGAUAAACUGACAGAUAAGCAAUGCAUU